AUGUCGCUUGAACAUCUCGGUGUUACAGACUCGCUGGCACAGGUGGAUCCUGAUGCUCCGACCGAAGCAAAGUUUGUCCAAUCCCAAGAGCAAGGUGCAGGAUCAUCAAAUUCUCCACCACCAUCUUCCAAGUCGUCGCCAUCGCUAGCUUCACGUACGUUAUGGAUGGGCGACCUCGAACCAUGGUGGGUGGAAGAGAACAUCAUUCAAUUAUGGCAGCAGUUAGGUCAGUCCGUACGGGUAAAAUUGAUUAGAUCGAGACACAACCGUUCUCCUAAUCCAAACUCGUCGUUGCCUCCACCUCAGAACGCUGGAUAUUGUUUUGUAGAAUUUGAACGACACGAGGACGCGCUGCAAGCGCUGGCGUUGAAUGGCAGUAUUGUGCCUCGCUCGUCGGGUCGAUUGUUCAGACUCAAUUGGGCCUCAGGGCCAACAUUGCAAUCCCAAAUUCCUCCAACUCCUCAGUACUCAUUAUUUGUGGGGGACCUCUCUCCUUCAACUACAGAGGCCCACCUAUUAGCUUUAUUUCAGCCUAAUUACAGCUCAAUUCAGAGCGUAAGAGUAAUGACCGACCCCGCUACAGGAAGCUCUCGUUGCUUCGGAUUUGUAAGAUUCACUGAAGAAGAAGAUCGUCAAAGAGCUCUCCAUGAAAUGAGUGGUAUCUGGCUAGGUGGAAGACCAAUAAGAGUUGCAUUAGCAACCCCUCGAGGAGCUGGACACCAGCCAGUUCAAAUGCAACAACAUCUGCAAUACGCCCCUUCCGCACCUAUGGUUCCACAGUUUGCUAGCAACAAUAGUUCUUCUCGUAACAUCUACAAUGAUCCAACAAAUUCAACUGUGUUUGUAGGUGGAUUGGCUGCUGGUGUAUCCGAAGAGACACUUUUCACUUUGUUUGAACCUUUUGGUUCUAUUUCAAGUAUCAAGAUCCCAAGAGGUAAAGGAUGUGGAUUCGUGAAGUUUUCAACCAGAGAAGAGGCAGAGAAUGCCAUCUCAGGAAUGCAUGGAUUCCUUAUUGGUGGUUCUCGUGUAAGACUUAGUUGGGGACGCUCCUCUUUACCCAACCAACACACACAUUCGCACCCGCAUCCGCAACAUCUAAUGAUGUCGCCCGGUGUUUUUGACCCAAUGGGAAGAAAUGGUGGCAUGUACGGAAUUCCUCCUGGUGUUGCUCCUGGUGUUCUUCCAGGUAUGACUCCUAUUUACUAUCCUACAGAUUCUCAAGUUUAUAGUGAGAUGGAUCCGGGACAGUAUUCGGGCCCCUAUAUGGUUCAAAGUCCAGUGGGAAGUUCUAUUGGAGCCCCCAACAUCAGUGGUAACGGUUCGAUGGGGGCCACAUCUAAGGAAGUACCAGCGUCUUCUUCUGCUACGACUAGCUCCCCUUCGAAGUCUUUGGAAGACUUUGAAGAAACAGUAACUAGUCCAAUAUUAUCAGCCAAGGAACCAGCUCCUCCUAGUUCCCCGAACACGAAUUUAUCAGGUGCUAAUUCUCCAGAACUGGCUUCUCCUACCGUAUCUCCUUGA